AUGCUCUCACAGAAACUACCUCUACGAAAGGACGUGAAUGUGGGUGAUAUCUAUGACCGUGAACUCGAAAGACAGGGAAAGAUGAAUGUGGAAAUUAAGCAAGAGAUUAUAUCGGAUGAUGAAGAGGUCAUCGAAAAUGAUCCAUGCCAUGGAACUGUUGAAAUACUCGAGUAUGAACAAAGAUUACUUCUGUCUACUAUGGAUGAGGAUGUUAUCUUCAUCCAUGCAAGUUAUCAGUUUCUGUUCCUCUUCGGAUCAUUGGAAAUGACGGUACAAGUUCCUUUCUGCAGAGAUCCGUUUACCUUACUUGCCCUUUACUCUUUUUUGAAUUUUUCAUUUUUCAGAGGAUUGGGAAUGGAACGGAUGUUUUUCAAUCAUCUCAUUAUGUAUUCCGAUCAGAAGUUAUUAACCAUUGUUCUCAAUACCACACCGCAGGACGAGUGUGCUGUUAUGAUUCUCCUCGAUCCUGAUUUGUUUCAAUUUUCGGCCUACUUCAUAUCACUCCUGAAGGCGGCGAAUGCACCAUGUCUGCCCAAAGUAUUGAAUGCUGACAUAUCCACGAAAGAUAGAGAAGCUGUGUACCUCGAAGGUGGUGUACAGUUCCUCACAUCUCGUAUACUUCUGGUCGAUUUACUUACGAAUAGAGUCCCUAUCAAGAAUGUUGCUGGUAUUCUGGUUUAUCGAGCUCAUCAGAUUCUUUCUUCGUUUCAAGAGUCGUUUAUUCUCCGAUUAUACCGUGAACGAAAACCUGGCGGGUUUGUUAAGGCUUUCACCGAUCUACCUACCUCAGUCAGUGCACUUGGUCAACUGCAAAGAGUUAUUGACCGUUUAUACAUUAGAAGCGUUCGCCUUAUUCCACGGUUCGACGCUGAUGUGAAACAAACCCUGGAGAGAACUCCGCCUGCUCUGAGUGAACUCAUAGUGGACCUUCCACCUGUCCUACGCAGAGUCCACACUACAUUUGUGGAGUUGUUGAAAGUCUGCAUCCGGGAGCUCAAGCAAUGUUCUACUGCUGAGAAACAGGUAUCUUCAGUCGCUACGCUCGAGGAAGACACUACGCAGGUGGCCGUUUACAGGCCUACCCUUUUGGAAAGGCAACUGAGUCAGAGAAGGUGGGUUCAUCCGAUGAAUCCAGAUUAUUUGCUCGAGUAUAUAACUACGACGAAAAUGAUGUCCAUCUUUAGGUCAUUCUUGACUGACAAGCAAAGCCGUUUGCUGUCGGACCUCACUAUGCUUCGUGAACUGUUGCAGGUCGCGGAGGACAUGGACCCCGCAACUGUACUGAGCCGUAUCAACGCCAUCAGAAACGACAAAGAGGUGCGAGAGACUACUUCUUUGCAGGUUUUCGAGCGCAGUGGAACUUGGAUGAUGUCACGAGUCGCUACAUCGCUCAUUGCUGAUGUUGAGACAUUAUGUGGUUAUGGAGCCUUUAAGUCACGUCCUUUCGUCGCCCCACCGAAAUGGCAAGUUCUGGCAUCAGUGAUAGACGAAAUCAAAGGUAUUCCAGUUCGAAAAUGCGAAGUCAGUCCUGAUGGCCCGUCGGUGUUGAUCUUCGUUAAUGAUGACGCUGUAGUCCGACAAGUAACCGAUCUCAUCAGAAACGGUCCCGAAUUUCUUUGCUGGAUGACGAGACGAUCACUGGGCGGUGGUGGUGCCGGCAAAGAGCCGCCACGAUCUCCUUUGUGGGACAUCGAUGAUGUCACCCCUUUCCAGAAAGGAAAUCUGACUGCAGAACCACGUAAAGAAAUGAUCUCGGAUCUCCAAAAGAAUACGCUUGUGACAGCGAGGGCAUCCAGGCGUCGUCGGAAGGCUGCCGAAGACCUUGUAGGAUCAUCGGAUACGAGUAAGAAACAAACGAAACUUCUACAAUUUGGGAUUUUGCAAUAUAAAAAGAGGCGGAGUGAUGAUACGGUACGAGUUCUUGUAUUACUUAAAUCUUAA